AUGGCGUUAGGAUCCCGCGGUGGCUCGGGGCUGGUGCUGCGGCGGGGCUGGCUCGGCACGGCGGGGACCCAGACACGGCGGCAGUCGUCGGGGAUGGCGGAAUGGCUCGCGGCUUCGAGCUGGGCGACAGCAGCAGUGGUGGCGCGGAGUGGAGUCUAUGAUGGCAAAGUCUGCAUCAUUGAUGGGUCGGGGUCGGUUUCGCACAUCGAUUCUUCUUUCAGGCUUCAAAGUUUCUCGCUGCCAAUCCACGACCGCCGUCGCCGCGGCAGCGGAUAUUGGAAGCAUCUGGUGGUGUCGAGUGGUGAUCUUUAUGCAGUGGACAGAUUCGUUAGACAGGGUGUGUAUGCGAGUGACCCAGAGUACAUGAAGACCUAUGGUUUUAGAGUCUAUAGGUUGAAUCACCGAUGUGGGAGAUGGGAGGAGGUGAGGAGCUUGGGCAAUUCGGCUUUCUUUCUCUGCAAGCUCUGCUCGUUCGCCGUCCCGGCGCGCGAGCUUGGCGGGCGCGACGGGAACUGCAUUUACUACGCGGAGAAGACCGGUUCCUUUUUCUCGAGGGAAGACCUUAAGGUGUUCAGCUUGGCGGACCGUAGCAUCAAGUGCCUGGGCUUCUCUGACUUCAUAUGGCGCCUCCCGACUUGA